AUGUCGUCGCCACCCCACUACGACGACUACAGCCCUUCCGGAUCUCAACCUCGUUCUGACCGAGAAAUUCCCUCUUUUGAUGACCACAAGUACAAACGCCGCAGGAUCGAAAUCAAAAACAUUAGCCCCCAGAGACACAUGGCCGACCCUGCACAUACCCCAAACAAUUCGGUGCCGACCCCAGUCCCGUCCUCGGGCAAUUUCUUUGGAAAUGUCCUCCACGGUAUACCACCCUUGAUGCACCCUGGUAUCUUCAUGGAGGAAGAUGCCGCUCUCGAGUACCUUGCUUCAGGCUCCGGCUUUGCUCAAGACUUGCGUAGCAUCGACUCUCCCUUCCACUACCAGAACUUUCUCUCGACAGCCCAGCCUCUACGACCCCCUAAUCUGACCAGUUAUCCGUUUCCACCUUUCCGACAGGACUCAGCCGCCAUCCCUGCUCGACCACUGCAUGGGAACAUCUUCCCAGGCUCCAGGGAGUCGGACGAGCGUUUACGGGAAUCUCAGGGCCGUUGGGCAGAGUCUCCUAGGAAUGUGACGACAACAAGCCCAUACCAUUUUCCGGUUGAAUGGAGCCAGUGUGCCCCUCCUCCUCCUCUUCCUUCCUUCACCCAAAUUGUACCGGAAAAUGUCGCUGUAGGCCCCCGACGAUCACCGCCAAGCUCCGCAGCCAGCCCGCAAAAGCCACCCACGAUGUUGAUCCUCACUCGAGCCACCGCAGAGAGUAUCAAGGCGUUGGAAGACCACAAGAGGGAAUGUCCAGCAUGCCAGCUCGAAUUCGAACCAGAUCAUUUCGUUGCUGUCAUUACCUGUUGCGAUACCCCCAUGCACGCAACCUGCCUAUCCGCCUGGGUCAAUUCUGCGACAUACUCCAAGAGCAAAUCAUGUAUGAAAUGUCGUAGAACCAUCGAUGCUAGACGCAUGUUGAACAAUGUGGUUCCACCCGUGAGUGAUAAGACCUGGGAUGAGGGCGUCGAGCUUAACGCGCCCGAGUCGUUGAAAGGGGACGCCAAGAUUGAGCUUAAUGUCAGUGCAAAGCCGGACCGGGCAAGGAUUCGACGGAUUGGCACCUCGAUGUACUAUCCAACCUACAGAUCAGGACGACCCCCCUCUACGCUCCCCGACGCUCUGAGCCCUGACACCAGGAAUGCUUUUCUCCAACUUCGGGAAGAGCAGAUGCGAAUGUUCGACGAGAUGCGACAUCGAAGUCGCAUGGCGUUCACGGAAACCAACAGAGCGAAUCAAGACGAUCUGGGCGCGAAUCGUGCACUACUUGAGGCCAAAGUCCGUGGCGACGCUGUGGACCUGACGCCUUUGAUCAGGAGGUGCGAGAAGACCAAGUUAGCAAGGGACAAGGCCAGAGAAGCGUACGAGAAGAUUCAAAAAGAGUUGGAGAGAAUGUCAAGAACGCAUACCCAUCGCUUGAGCACCAUGCUGGACGACUAUUGGAUGGAAAAAUAUCGCAGUGGAAGAAGCGCGGACGAUGAGCCGGCCCGAAGUGUACCUCUCCGAGUGGUCAAUGGAGAGCCAUCUGACACGCGGUCUCCUUAG